AGGUCACUGGGCUCCCAGGCCAGGCAGGCAGGAGGAUGGCGAAGAUGCUGCCAACUGUCGUUCUCCUGGCUUUGGCAGUGUCUGCGGUUGCCAGAGAAAACACUACGUGUGACGGCCCCUGCGGGCUGCGGUUCAGGCAGUUCCAGGGCGGCAUGCGCGUCGUUGGAGGGCAAGAAGCAAAGCAUGGAGCCUGGCCCUGGAUGGUCAGCCUGCAGGUAUUCACCCACAAACGCCGCAAGUACCACGCGUGCGGAGGCAGCUUGCUGAAUUCCCGCUGGGUGCUGACCGCUGCUCACUGCUUCGACAAGCGGAAAAAUCCAUAUGACUGGAGACUGGUUUUUGGAGCAAAGGACAUUGCCUAUGGGUCUGAUAAGCCAGUGCAGGAGCCUCUGCAAGAGAGAUUUAUUGAGAAAAUCGUCAUUCAUGACCAGUACAACCCUCUGACCGACGAAAACGACAUAGCUCUACUGAAGGUCACCCCUCCUGUGCCCUGUGGGCCGUUCAUUGGGCCAUGCUGCCUGCCCCACUUUAAGGAAGGCCCACCCAAACGUCCUCUGAACUGCUGGGUGGCUGGAUGGGGUUACACCACGGAGAAUGCCACCAGGCCGUCACCGACACUGCAGGAGGCCAAUGUCAACAUCAUCAACCUAGACCUGUGUAACUCUACCCAGUGGUACAAUGGACACAUCCACUCAACCAACGUGUGUGCCGGGUACCCGCAGGGCAUGAUCGACACCUGCCAGGGGGACAGCGGUGGGCCUCUCAUGUGCAGAGAAAACGAGGAAAGCGCCUAUGUGGUCGUGGGAGUCACAAGCUGGGGGGCCGGCUGUGCCCGUGCUAGGCACCCUGGAAUCUACACAGCUACCUGGCCCUACCUGAAAUGGAUUGCUUCCAACAUUGGUUCUAAUGCCCUGCAAAUGCUCCAGCCAGCCACCCCUUCCCCUCCUACCUCCCAGCCAGCUCGCCCUCCCCCUGUCCCUGCUCGCCCUCUCUCUGGCCGCCCUUCUUGGUAUUUCCAGCACCCUCCCCCACCCCCUGCUUCCCAGAACCCUUCCCCACCUCAACAUUCACCCCUACCUUUUCCCUACUCCCACAUUACGUUUCCCCAAGAUCUUCCUUUUGUUGAGCUUCUACAGCAGAUCAUAGAGAUCUUGAAAUGGGAGGCCUACUCUGAAUCAAAGAGUAACUACAAUAUGGAGACAACGGAGCUCCCAGAACUGACCCCCUCCUCCUGAGGUUCUCAGUAAGCCCAGCGAGACUUCACUCCUGAGGGAACGAGAUUAAAUAAAUAAACACACA